AUGCGUGACUGCACUUCCCAUGACACACAAUACGCAAAAGAACUAUCCAGCUCCCCGUCCAACCACUCCUUCACUCAACUCCUGCCCAGCACCACCAAACGCAACCCUUGUCCUACGCCUGCACCAGAUGCCGCUGCAAGUUGGCCAACGACACCAAGCCCCCCCAACCAACCGACAUCACCACCAAGGCCGCUCAAAGUGCGCCUCUCCAUCCGCCAAGCCUGGGUCUCCCCCGACUCCCCGCCCCAAAAGGCCCUCCAAGCGACUCUCCGACACCCUCGGGCGCCCCAUCGCCUGCGAACCCGACGGGGACGUCCUCCACGCCGUCCUCUCGCCCCUCUCCGACACAGCCGGCCGCAUCCAAGGCCGGGCCGGGCCCGCGCCGCCCACGACGAGCUCCCAGAUGACGAAGCCGUCGCCGGGAGGCUGCUCGAGGCCAUGGCCCAGCGCGGGGUGCGCACCCUCCGACUCGCCAUCCCCAAACAAGACGGGACAAGGAGCGGCGCGCAGGCUUCGCGCUGCUCCUCCCGCAUGAGCCGUGCCUCUCCACACCGCGACUUCGGCGCGCAAAUCACGAGCGCCUCGGACGCCAAGACGGAGCUCGACGCGGCAGACGGCACGGCGACGAAUGGGCUGUCGCGAGAACGGUACCCGGAACCCAGGAAUUGA